AUGUCUCCCAUGGAAUCCGUCGUUGAUGCUAACGUAGAGUACAAAUUCCCAUGUCCUAAGAAAAGUGGGGUUCUGGUUUCCACAACGUACGACUUUACCUACAAUGCGACGCAAAGAGUUUCCUUCGCAACUCUCGGACAGCCCACGGUGCAGACCAUUACGGACCUGGUUUCCCGGCUAGGCCGAGAUCGAUAUCGAUUCACGGAGAACGAGGAGGGUUGUAGAUACUGGAUCUACACUUUUAUCUCUGACCUCGAGGGUGCUGACAUUGUUGCCGCCGGUAGCAAAGGUGAAGCCUGGAACUCGCUGUCGGGAUAUUGGUUGCAUCCACCGGGCAGCGGCCUUCGCUUUGCUGGAUCACUUCCGGCUUCCCGUCCCGAGCAACUGAUCCGCAACACCCGGGUCCAUCCCGCCAGUGGUAUCGAUCCUCGCGAACCCUGGAGGCGAGAUGCAAAUCACAUCCCUGGCUUUCUCAAAUGGACCGCGUUGGAGGGUGCUCCGUCCAAGAGAACCUCGUUCUUCCGGCCAAGAGGGAAUCGAGUGAACCGAGGCCUGAUUUCUUCAAGGGCUUCGGGCUGUUUGGAGAAACAUCCAACUCAGAUCCAGGAGAAUGUUUCCCAGCACAGCCUACCUACCCACCCCCAAUUUUCUGAUACAGAGAAGUUAUGCAUGGACGAAUAUUCGAAUGGAGAGAGAUCCGGCGGUGGAAGACGUCACCUCUCUCAUCCGACGCACGAACCGGCGAAGCUGAAAUGCCAGACGCAGAGCCGUAAGCCAGCCAAGGUGCUUCCAGGCUUCCUCCAAAGUCUGCCCAUGAAUCCGCUCCAUGAUGAUGUAAAAGUCGUUGUCCCUCUCGACCGUCCGUCUGAUGCAAGGCACCCUGAUCCCAAGUUGACCUGCACACGCCAUCGCCUCAAGCACGUCCACUUCCUCCCCCCGCGAGUAGUGUUUUGCUACUAG